GAGACGGAGCAUGCGCCCCAAGCGUGACGUCAUUACACGGCGCUGACAGCGGGUGACGUAGUUUACAUGAGACGCGAGUAAGGAGGAGAAACAUGGCGGCCUCCGGAAAAAAGAAAAUAAUCCAGCAAGAAGAGUUGAGGAGGUUAAUGAAGGCGAAGCAGAGGGAGACUGCAGCCAAAAAGAGGAUCGAGUCCCCGCUGGCCAAAUACAACAGCCUUGGCCAGUUAUCCUGUGUUGUGUGCAACCUACAGAUAAAAACUGAACUGUUGUGGCAAGCACACAUCCUAGGAAAGCAGCAUAAAGAGAAAGUUGCAGAACUUAAAGGAACCAAGGUGAAAGCCAGCAGUGAGCCUGUCGCUACACAGUUGUCACAGACCACUAAAAGGAAGGGUUCAGUUUUGGAGAGCCUGGAGAGUAAGCGUACCAAAGAUUCAGAAGAGUCUUCUACUUCAUCAACAACCUCCACGCUUCCACCUGGCUUCUUUGAAACUGGUGAUCAGCCAUCUCAUAAACCCACUGCAGGGAAAGUUCCAAGCGUUAGACUGCUGGCAGGAGAUUACGAUGAUGAUGAAGAGGAGGAAGAUAGUGAAAAUGUCCCAUCUUCUGUACAACAGUCCACGGAAAUCCCACUUCCCCCACCAACAGCUCAGGACAGCAGUCUUCCACCAGAUUUCUUUGACAGUAAAACCCCCGUGGUUUCCCAUUCUGGGUCCAUAUUGAAGGCAGACAUUCAAGAAAAACCUGUCGAAAAGAAAGAGAAUACAGCAGAAGCCUUACCUGAGGGAUUCUUUGAUGACCCAGAAGUUGAUGCAAAGGUGAGGAAAGUCGAUGCCCCUAAAGACCACUUGGAUAAGGAGUGGGAAGAAUUUCAGAAGGCAAUGCGUCAAGUCAAUACUGUUUCUGAAGCAAUUGUGGCUGAAGAGGAUGAGGAAGGUCGAUUGGAUCGUCAGAUUGAGGAAAUUGAUGAACAAAUUGAAUGCUACCGUCGAAUUGAACAUUUGCGAAACCGUAAGGACGUUCUACAUGAUACGCUAAAGGAGUCUGUAAAAAGAAAGUCCAGCAAAGAUGAGGAAGAUGAUAUUGAAAGUGAUGAUGAUAUUCUGGCAACUAUGCUUACUCAGAGCUGGCGUGAAAAGGGGGUUUUCCUUUAAGCAAAAAUUAAAUCUUGUGCUUUACUGACGGUUCUAUGCAUCUUUCGUUUUUUUUUUUCUUUUGUUGAAGCAAUGUUGUCUUUAGGAAAAACUUUUGACAUGUUGUACAGACAUGUCUUAAGUUUAGAUUGCACUGAGUAAUGAGACACAUUGCGAGUUACAGCCCCAUGAGGGGUAAAGUUCAUGGCUCAUUCACUAUAGACUCUAUGGCUAUGUUCACAUGGCGGAAAAUGUGCAGAAAGUCUGAUUGCAAAACACAUUUUGCAUGUUCCACUGUCACUAGGACCACUCAGAAAUGCACCAUUUUCAUACACUGCAAUGCAUUUCAGAAUGGAAUCCGCACAAUGAACAUUCCGUUGUGUGCAUGUGCACGCAGAAAGCCAUUAAAAACAAUGGGAUUCUGCUGCAGCAAAAUUUCCAAGCAGACUAUUUCCGCGGAAUUCUGCUCAGAAAUCCUGCUGAGUGAACAUGGCCUAAUGCACUGAAUGAGUCAAAAGGAACAGUCGGCUGGGGAGUGAAAAAUGUUGCCAUGGACUACACAGGGUUAUAACUUGCGAUUGCAAUCUAAACUUUUGACCUGUGUGGACACUGUCAAAAAAUGACAGUGACGCUUUAAAGGGGUUUGCUGGCAAAUACAAGUUGUCCCCUGUCCUCAGGAUCCUCUGCGUUUCCCGAACCAGUAAAACGGGAAUAGAGUCUCCUUUGAGAACAGAGCAGCCGUCUUAGUCACUAUGGCAACUGCUAAAGAUAGCCAAGCAUAGCGGUCGGCUAUCUAUGGCAGCUGCCAUACAGCAUGUAUAGGGCAUUGGUGUAACCGCUCCACUGUUCUCAGGAGAAACUGCGUUCCUCUGGAGACCGGGCCUUAGCAGUCGGACCCCAAUCCAGAUAGUUAUUCCCUAUCCUCAGGAUGGCAGAUAACUUGUACUUGUGGGUAAAAGUCCAAAGUUCCACUGAAAUACCCUCAGAUUACUAUGAAAGCUGCUCCUGCUUUUGUUGUUCGAGGAUUCUAUAUAUUUUUUGGGGGGAUUUUUUUUUUUUCAAUAUAUAUAGAAGACCUAUGUUAAAAUCAUAAAACUUGUUAACACAACAUCUUUUGUUCCUUCCAGGGCCCUUUUCAUUUUUUUGUCCUGCUCUUUUGCAAUUUUUAAAAUCCACAACUUUCUAAAAUAUUUUGUGCACGUUUUGUACAGUUAUUAUUAAUUGAAAUGCUUAAAUAUAUGUAUGUGUUAACAAUGUAGACGUUCCUUCAUAAAAUUAUUUUGUUUGUAUAUUUGACCAUUG